GCGGCGCUCAUAAGCGGGAUUCCUAUAAAAGCCGGCCACCAUCAACAGUUCAGUUUGUAUUCGUUUGCUCUGGAGAACAGUUCCUAAAAAGCUGGUAAAAUUGAAUUGUCCCAUCACGUUCUUGGUUACCAUAUUUUUCGAACAUAGAAUUACGUACCUUGCUCCAAAGUUUAAUUGAUUCCCACGAAAAUGUCAACUGAAAUUUCACCUGCUACAAGCUUGGAUCACCCUGGUACUCCUAAACGGAUGUACAUGGACGAUCCAGAAAUCGAAUGGAGAACAGUGAAACCCAAUUACGACUUGGUCAACCGUAAAUACUUGGCAGAAAGAAGCAAAUUUCAUCCUGUCGAUUCUCUAGAAAAAUUAGUAGAAAAUUUGGUAAAGACUUGGGAGAUGGAGAGCACUCACAAAAUCAAAGAAAAGGAUUGGGGUACAGUCGAUCCCGAACGUUACAUUUUCCGGACCAAUGGCGGGGCGCCCAAAGACCUGGCAAACAACAUCGUUAACGGAAACUACAAUAUGAUGAUGGAUAACUCACCCUUGUUUGAUGCGUCAAAAGAAACCAACGAAUCGUCGCAUUUACUUUUUAAAACUGCCUUCCCAGAUGGAUUUGCUUGGGAAUUACUUGAACUCUAUUCGGGUCCCCCUAAGGUGUCUUUCACCUGGCGACAUUGGACUCAUUGGACUGGUCCUUAUCGCAACAACCCUCCCACUGGAGAGCUUAUGGAGUUGAUCGGAUCUUGUGCGGUGGAAGUCGACGAAAACCUUAAAAUUGUUGACCUCCAAGUCUUCUUUGAUCCCCAUCCUAUACUAGGACGACUGAUGAAACGAAAAGAUGCCGACGACUCCGAUUCAUCAGGGGAGGGACCAAACCCGUUAUAUCCUUUAAUAAUGGCUGCUUUGAAAACUCUGCAUCGAAAUGUUCCUUAUUUGAAGCAACAGCUCUCCGCCCUCCUGGGGAAUACUAGCUCUUCCGUCAAAAUCGUCUGCCUAAUGGUUCUCAUAGGUUAUUUCAUAUCCUAUUAUGAACCCGCAGUUCGAGCUCUCACCGUCACACCCGGCUAUGUCUUUCCACCUGGAUUUCGAAUUUGGACCAUCUUCACCCAUUGCUUUGUUGAAUUUCACUUCUGGGAGGUGUGUGUUGAUGUCGUUACUCUGGGGCUGUGUGGGAAGCUUAUCGAGCCUCUAUGGGGCAAGAUGGAAAUGUUGACCUUCUUCACCCUGAUCAACACCUCAGUAGCCUUUUUUGGGGUCUUCUUUUACUUAGCAAUUUACAUGGCUACCUUCAAUACAGAUGUGCUCUUUGAAGUUCACAUUCACGGACUCUCUGGAUACAUAGCAGCUGUUUCUGUUGCUGUAAAGCAGAUGAUGCCGGAUCAUGUUGUCGUCAAAACUCCAUUGGGAAAGAUGACCAAUCGCAAUGUCCCACUCUGUGUUUCCCUCCUGUCGGUGAUCCUAUACCUAGUUGGUUUGCUUGAGGGGGCAUAUCCUACUAUGUAUGCAACUGGAGUAGUCAUCGGUUGGCUGUAUCUCCGGUUCUACCAAAGGCACAGCAAUGGCACAAGGGGAGAUAUGGCAGAUAAUUUUACCUUUGCCAGUUUUUUCCCCACAGUCAUGCAACCCCCAAUUGAAAUUUGCUCCAAGUUUGUCUACAAUUUACUGGUCGGAUUGAGAAUUUGCCGGAAGCCAAUAAGGAAAUAUGACGUUGGCGGCCCUACAGCAAUAACGAUUAGUCUCCCAGGAACGGAUACACACGAUGCUGAACGUCGAAGGCAAAUCGCUCUUAAGGCUUUAAGCGAACGACUAAGCCAGCAAGCAGAUUCAGCAUCAUCUUGGCCCAACUUGGAAGAAGAUUCACGACCAAAAGCUGGAGUGCAGGCAGAACAAGUCACUCAAGCAACGAAUCAAGUAGAAGCUCUCACAGUUGCUGUUGAAAUUGAGCCAUCUGUUCCUAAGCCAACAGCUUAGUGCAUACGUCCAAUUUUUUUUUGUAAAUACUGUCCGUUUUUCUCCCUUUUUUUCCUCCAGUCCAGCCAUGGAUUGUCUUUUAAUUAUGACGAAAGACAAAGAAAUUGCAACAGAUAGUUACGUCAGUGUCAUUGUAUUACAAUUAUUUUACAUUGACA